AUGGAAGUGUUUCAUAUUCUCGCUACUGUGUCACUGUUCCGUGACCUGGUGUCUUGUACCAAAGCCUUGGAGAAUUCUACCGAUUCCCCGCCUGUUCAUCCAAAUCAAACAGAUGACGUUGACUCCCGUUGUCAUGGCAAGUUCUCUCCAAGAGGAUUGUGGGAUGCUACAUGUCAACUAAAUGGUUCCUUAGGGCCACCAGCCCCUUUGGUCUUUUUUGAUUCGCUGUAAGUUUUUACUGAACAAAACUCUUGCUUUAUCCUACCUUACCGAUGCCCCUUUGAAACUACCAAAACUUUGCAUCUCCAAACCUUCAGUCGGUUGCCUUUAUCACGAGAAAUCUGAAGCCUCACUCUAGAGAAUUAAUGGUGUGAUUGGUCAGUUAGACGGGUUUUGCGUGAAUUAACGACACUAACGAGUACUUUCUUACAAGCAAGAGUCCCACUAAGCUAGUGAAGCUCAUGUUCAAGUCACUCGCAAGGUUAAGUUACACGUCCUUUACCUUUUUAUCUGUUUAUUUUUUUUGGUUUGUUGCGUUUUGUCAGUUGGUCUUCUGUAUACAAGGUCAGAACUUUUCAAACACGUUGGAGGAGACACACACAAAAAAAUUCGAAGGUGGCAGGGUUUCUCUUGAAUUUAAAAAGGUGUGAAAUUUUCUAUGCAAAGGGAUAACAGAUGUAGUGUCGGACAAAAUUAAGAAACAAUGGUAUUACUUUGAGGGGAUUUUUCCGGAGAAAUUAAUCCCUAUCCAGAUUGCUAUGGAUGGGAUAAUGUUUCGCCCCAUGUACGGGAAUAUUCAAGACGCCGUGGAUUCCAGAUUCUACGCACUGAAUUCCAGUCUUUGCCAGUGGAACUUGGAAUCUGGAUUACAAUCGAUAAUGCGGUUCUGUAUUCCUCGAGCUGUAUUCCGGAUUCCAAAGUCCAGGAUUCCCCAUUCCACAGGCAAAAAUUUUCCGCAUUCAUUUCUACAUGGGGCGAAAUGUUACGAAAAGGAUUUAUUGUUUCAAGAUCCUCGAUUAUUAACCGUUCUCUUGGAGGAUUGAAUAAAGUAAACAAUAUGUUUCUCGACUUUUCUUCAGAGAUCUAUCAAGAAACAGACUUGAACACGUACCAACAGAAUUUCUUUCAAACCAAAGCCAGUUGACAAACCUGUAAGUAAAUUGUGCCUUUAGAUACAAAAUAAUUUAAUUUAUUAAAACUAGAUAUAAGGGGUUGUUACUAACUUUCAGUAUCACCUUUGCAGAUUCAAAGGAUCUUUAUAAAAUGACUGUCAAACGAAAAAUAAUGGUUUGCCUUUGUUUUUGGUUAUGAAACUUUGUUUUUGGUUAUAACGAAAGUGCCCAAAGUAAAACAAGAAAGUAAUGUCGGUUCCUCAUUUCAAUUGUAAAACGGGCACAGCAAAAAUUAACUGACCACGAAAAUGUAUUUCCAAAGAUAUUGAUUUGUUCUCUCUGAAAAUUCUGAGCUUUUAAAACGCGAUAGCUCAGUUUUACAGUUUGAAGUCUUGGCGGUCGUGAAUUAUUACCUAGUUUUAUCGUCAAGAUUAAUUGUAACCUCGCUGAGGCUGAACUGGACUCAUGAUGAGGAAUAUCCGCUAAAAAAGCUUAGCGCAGGCGUAAAAUAAGCUGACAGGGAAAUCUUUCAACUUUCAUCGCUUCUGUCACCUUACACGUUACAUAUUUGCUCAGUUUCUGUUAAGCGUUUUCCCAGGCCUUCUAGGUCAAUGCGUUUCGGUGACGUAACACGCACACACCGCGUGAGCCAAAACUCAUCGGCCCCGCAAAAUAACGAAGCCUCGUGGCUAGGCGAGGGUAGUCCAAUACUCACAAAUAGACUCCAUUGGUGUUAGUGGUGAGAAGAAGGGUCUCCAUUGGUACCAAUGGUACGAUUGGUACCAAUAGAAAAGCAUCCUAUUCCAAUGGUUCUAUUGGUGAAUAUGCAUCUCAUUAAGAGAGUUAGAUUAUUUUCUCAUGUGGUCUAGCUAGGUACAGGGCAAUUCCAAUGGUCCAUUGGUACCAAUGGUACGAUUGGUACCAAUGGAAAAGCACCCUAUUCCAGUGGUUCUAUUGGUGAAUAUGCAUCUCAUUAAGGAGACUUAGACUAUUUUCAGAUGUGGUCUGGCUGGGUACAGGGCAAUUCCAAUGGUCCAUUGGUACCAAUGGUACGAUUGGUACCAAUGGAAAAGCACCCUAUUCCAAUGGUUCUAUCGGUGAAUAUGCAUCUCAUUAAGGGGACUUAGAUUAUUUUCUCAUGUGGUCUAGCUGGGUACAGGGCAAUUCCAAUGGUCCAUUGGUACCAAUGGUACGAUUGGUACCAAUGGAAAAGCACCCUAUUCCAAUGGUUCUAUUGGUGAAUAUGCAUCUCAUUAAGAGAGUUAGAUUAUUUUCUCAUGUGGUCUGGCUGGGUAAAGGGCAAUUCCAAUGGUCCAUUGGUACGAAUGGAACGAUUGGUACCAAUAGAAAAUGAUGUCAUUCCAGUGGUUCUAUUGGUGAAUAUGCAUCCAUUAAAAAUUAAAAAUCUCCGUCGAUUCAUAUGUUUAUGAGUGAUAAGGAGACAUUCAAACUUCUGCUGUUUUUCCACGGCAAGGGGUGCAAUCCUGAAAUCAUCAGUAGAUGGAUUCUUCUAGCUCAGUCCUGGGCCUCAUCGCAAGCUACAGCCGAGAAAAGAGCACGGCAAAUACAAUUUGUCAACGACAACGUUGACAUUAAAUACAUCAAUGGUUUUACUACGACCUUGAUUAUAGCAAACUGGUGUACCUCAAUGGGUUACCACGACAAACCCCACGUCAACAGUCAAAAGUGACCUCAGUCACUUGAAUAUAAAACGGCUCUCUUAGGAGCCACCAAAUACAAUACAAAGUCAUAACCAACAGCAUGAUAUAACCACCCUUUUCGGAAACUCUUCAUUGAAAACUUGUUUUGGUUUAAACGCUUCCAUGUAGAUAAUGAAAUUGCGCUAAGAAAUUUCAGAAGUUAAUUUCACAGUGAGUUGAGUACAGUUGUUAAAACCUGUUGCCUCAAUACCACUUUGCUAGUUUCGCGCCUUUCCGCGUUGUUUCGGGUUCUUUUAACAAGUAAGAAUUACCAAAAAAUAGUGCUUGCGUACAGGAAAGAAGACAUUCAUAUGUCAUGUUGUUUGCUCGUGAAUCACAAUAGACAGAACGAACCCGACAGUGACGCGUUACCUUUCAAUUUUAAUGUUCGUACGAUGUUUGUUAUACUCACAGCACCUUGAGAUAUUAUUAGCGCUAGAUAUAUACGUCGCCCUCGCUUUGUAAGUAUUAGCGCGUUUCUACUUUGUGUGAAAGCGAACUUGUUUUGCGUGGUUAGCCUAUAGAACGAGGAAUAUUCAUAAGAAUUAUGGCGCGUUUUUAAUUGGUGUAAUAGCGAACUUGUUUUGCGUGGUUGGCUUAUAGAACGAGGAAUAUUCAUAAUAAUUAUUAGCGCGUUUUUACUUAGUGUAAAAGGCAACUUGUUUUGUGUGGUUGGCUUAUAGAACGAGGAAUAUUCAUAAUAAUUAUUAGUGCGUUUUUACUUGGUGUAAAAGCGAACUUGUUUUGCGUGGUUGACUUAUAGAACGAGGAAUAUUCAUAAGAAUUAUAGCACGCUUUUACUUGGUGUAAAAGCGAACUUGUUUUGCAUGGUUGGCUUAUAGAACGAGGAAUAUUCAUAAGAAUCAUAGCGCGCUUUUACUUGGUGUAAAAGGGAACUUGUUUUGCGUGAUUGGGAUAUAGAACGAGGAAUAUUCAUAAGAAUUAUAGCGCGCUUUUACUUGAUGUAAAAGCGAACUUGUUUUGCGUGGUUUUCCUAUAGAACGAGGAACGUUCAUAAUAAUUAUUAGCGCGUUUUCACUUGGUGUAAAGGUGAACUUGUUUUGCACCAAUAGAACCAUUGGAAUGGCACCAUUUUCCAUUGGUACCAAUCGCACCAUUGGUACCAAUGGACCAUCGGAAUUGCCCUAUACCCAGAUAGGUCACAUGGGAAAAUAAUCUAAGUCCCCUUAAUGAGAUGCAUAUUCACCAAUAGAACCAUUGGAAUAGGGUGCUUUUCUAUUGGUACCAAUCGUACCAUUGGUACCAAUGAACCAUUGGAAUUGCCCUAUACCCAACCAGGUCACAUGGGAAAAUAAUCUAAGUCCCCUUAAUUAGAUGCAUAUGCACCAACAGAACCAUUGGAAUAGGGUGCUUUUCUAUUGGUACCAAUCGUACCAUUGGUACCAAUGGACCACCAGUUUGACGAAUCGUAUCCGUUUGUGUAUUGGACAUGUGUGGGCUAGGCAACAGGAGGUGGAAUUGUAAAAACAUGCUAACCACUUUUUUCAGUUCUUUAGCUCACAACAAUAUCUCCAGCAUUGGAAACGGCCAUUUCGGGACACUCGCAAAGCUUAAAAUAUUGUGAGUAAAAAACAGUAACUGUAUUCCCUUUUACUGCAUUGUAUAUUUACAGGCAUACUAAAUACGAAAUAUCAAUGACAGAUACGUUAAUUUUAACACACUUUUUAAGGUUUGCCUUGGCUUGGCCCUAAUGAUAUGAAUAAUAAACAACGAACUUCUCCCCGGAAACGUCCCUCAAAAAUGUUAGGCAGCGUUGUGUAUCUAAGUGCGUACAAGAAGACUCGAACUAAAGAAAUUAUUCGCCUAAAAGGGGGUUAAUGUUAGCCAAGAGCCAAUUAAAAAUCAAGUUUCGCGAGAAUGCGCGGCUUUGUCGCGAUCGAAUUGGCUAUUGCUUAAAAUACAAUACAAAUUAUAUGGCAUGUAGAGCUCUGCGCACUCUUCAAACUCCAAUUAUAUCUUUAUUUAGUUUUUAUCAACGAACGUGAGUCCAACGAUAUUUUCUAAAUUUUAAACUUGUUUUUCCUUUCCACAGAGACCUAAGUUUCAACCCACUGCAAAUAUGGGAAGGUAACGUCAUCAGUCAGCUUCCAAACCUCGUUACAUUGCACGUGACCGGAAGUAAUUGGAUCCCUGAGAGUAACAUCUUGACUAUUUCCUCACUGGAGACCAUAGAGGGCGUUACUUGGAGUCAGAAAUGCGCUAACUGUAGCCUCUUCAACUUAAAGAAAAAAAACAUUUCCGUUCCUUUCACGCCUAACGUGAAUCGCGGCGACCCAGCUGUUAGCUUUGCUGAACAUGGAUUUUAUCCAUUUUGUUCAGAGUAUCAGAAGCACUGUGCGCCAAAGAAAAUUAGCUAUCCAAGCGUCGCUGAGACAAGAAAGAAAGUGAGUGUUCCAGAGAAUCUGUUCUAUGCUUCCUACACAAUGGGUACAAUCGCUAUUUUAUUGAACCUGCUUAUUUUCUCAACGAUACUAUCAUCAAGAACCCUUCGUAAAUCAACGGCAAUGCUCCUUAUCGCCAACAUGGCCUUAUGCGAUCUUCUUACUGGAAUUUAUUCGGUUAUAAUUGGUGACUUAAACAUAUUUCACUAUUUAUCAAAGCACAGACCUGGAGAAAAGCUUUUAGUCGGGGGAGGUGUUCUUUGUCGGGUUGCCACCGCGAUAUUUACCUCCUCACAAUGUGUCGCUGCAGUAACAUCUUUACUGCUCACAGUUGAGAAAUACUGCUCAAUUGUUCACUGCAUGAACCCUGUCCAUCGACUGAGAAAGAAAGUAGCUGCUUUCUUGAUACUGCUCUUUUGGCUUCUCUCUCUGGGAUAUGCACUCACUCCCAUGUUUAGUGUCGUAGAUCUCUCCUUUAGUGCAACAUUGAUGUGCAGCGUCCCAGUUGGUAAAUCUACGGAAAUGUUUCUGGUAAAUUUCGGAAUUCUGAUGGCGCUUUACAUUGCCAACGUCCCUCUGUACGUGGGAAUAUUCCAGUUUGUUCAUCGAUCAGACGCUCAUCUGGGUAUAAGACGAGAAACUGCCAUUCUACGAAAGAUCGCUCUGGUUGUCGGAACUAAUUUUGUACUUCUUCUGACCCCAAUGAUCUUAAUCAUUACUUUGGUGCCAGUUGAAAACAUUCACAACUUCAUUGACUUGAGCAAUGAUCGAGACAACAAGUUGCUCUUUGUAUUUGGAUUCUGGUUCCCUAGCGCUUGCUUUGGACUGAAUGCUUGUAUCAAUCCCUUACUCUGCGCUUUUAGACAGGGACAGUUUGUCAAGCAGAUCAGGAGAGCACUGGACUUCCGUUUACUGCCUCAUCUAAAUGUCGCCUUUUUUUCACGACGACACAAUGGAGGUAUCCCCUCGGUCUCUCAAUUAAGCAGCAGUUCAUCUCAAGUCGUUCUUUACAGGAUAACUCAUUAUCACAACUAA